UAAGGAAAAACAAUAAAAAUAAUGAAUGAAGAAGGGGACAGUAGUUGUUGUUUGUAAAGAAAAGAAAAGUUAGCUGCUCCACGCGAAGAAGAGAAGCAAAGAAAGAAAUUAUAAGGUGUCUCUCUCUCUCUCUCUCUUGGACUCAUUCUCAUCUAUCUCCAACCUCUAUUUUCAAAAAAACAACACAAAGUGGGUGAAAACAAUGAGCUAUAAGAAACAACAAACAUAGUACUAGUGGUGGUGCCACCGUUCCUUAAUUCUUGUUCUGUUCCAUUCUCUCAUUAUUCUUUUUUUUUUUUUUUUGGUCUUCUCUAAUAUUGAAGAGUCCGUCUUUGCUUGGUACAUAAAGGCAUUGAUUUCAUUCAUUCUUCUUAUGCGUUUUGUGAUUCAUUAUUAUUUAUAUAUUUAUUAUUAUUCACUAGUACUCUUCCUUUAAUUCCUUCAUCUAUUUCCCACCUUGUUUGUUUCUUCUUCUUCUUCUACCAUUACAAUUUCCCCAUACAUACAUACACCUCCUAUAUUUCUAUCUCUUACCCCCCUUUAUAUUCAAUGGCUGUUCAAGCUCAAUACCCAUCCAAUGUACAUGAAUAUUCAUUACAACCACAACCUGAUCAAUCCAAUAUCAUCUUAUUCAACACUCCAGGUACUAAUAAUUCUCGAAAAAGAGGAAGAGAAACAGGGGUUAUACAAUCUUCUCACAACAUUAUGAAUCCUUUCUCUUUACAAUCUCACUCUCCUCAUCUCAUAGACCUCACUCAACUCCAUAACCAACAACAACAUCAUCAACAACAUCAAAACAUUGUCUCAACCGGUUUAGGUUUAUCCUUUGGCGAUCAACAACAACAACAACAAAGACUACAAUUUCAACAACAACAACAACAAAAUGGGUUUCACUCAUCUCAAUUUCUAUCUCUAUUAUCUCAUGGCUUAUCUUCACAAAUCAAGCAACAAAAAGAUGAAAUAGACCAAUUCCUUCAAGCCCAGGGAGAAGAGCUGCAACGGACAUUAGAGGAAAAAAGACAGAGAAACUAUAGAGCGAUUAUAAAAACAGCAGAGGAAACGGUGGCGCGUAGAUUAAGAGAAAAAGAAAUGGAUUUAGAAAAAGCUACGCGCAGAAACAUGGAAUUAGAAUCACGCGCGGCGCAUCUUAGAACAGAAGCGCAACUUUGGCAAGCAAAAGCUAAAGAACAAGAAGCAACAGCUAUAUCUCUUCAAAACCAACUGCAUCAUGCUAUGAUGAACGGUGGCGUAGAAAAUAGAGGAGAAGAAGGAUGUGGGCUAUCGUGCGCAUUAGGUGUUGAAGGUCAAGCUGAAGAUGCGGAAUCGGGUUAUAUUGAUCCGGAUCGGGUUGUUAUUUCGGGUCCUAAAUGUAAAGGUUGUGAAAAACGGGUUGCUUCGGUUGUUGUGUUGCCGUGUCGUCACUUAUGUGUUUGUAACGAAUGCGACACACAUUUCCGUGUUUGCCCCGUUUGUCUCACCGUUAAAAAUUCAACCGUUGAGAUUUAUCUAUCUUAGUGGUUUCAUUUCAUAAUCACAUGAUGCAUGUUCAUCAGAAAUUGGCAGAGCCAAAAAAAUAAAAUAAUUAUAAAUAGUUUUUUGUUUUUUGGAUUUUGAAAGAAAAGGAAAAUGACCUAGGCGAUGGAUGGAUGGAUGUACAUGGCCACAUGGAUAGUGGCAUUUUUUUGUUGUUGGGUUCUUCAAUCUUUUGGAAAUUUUAUUCUAUUGAAUUAAUAUUUUUAUUCUUUUGUUUUA